AUGGCCGAGCCGCGGGGCCAGCUCGCGGCGGACCUUCGGUUCUUGCUGGAGGAGAAGGAGGUCCCGGAUGCCGUGCAGGACGCCAUGGCCAGGCAGGGCUACAACACGUUGAAUCGCUUCGCGUUGUUGGGUGACGACCGAGCCCAGGUGAGGGCUGUCUUGGCGCGGGACUUCGGCCUCGACCCUGCUGCUGGAAGGGAAGGGGGCCCCGCGGCCCGCUUGGCCAUCGUGAAGGUGAUCGACGCCUGGGAGACGGCCUGCCUCCGUGCUGAGGAGGAUCGCAAACGGGGGGCCGAGGCGAAGAGCGCGCGGCUGCCGAAACUGAUUGGCAAGGCGACUCACCUCUCGAUGCGCGAGGCAGCACAGCAGAUCCACGGCGUGAUCGAGGACCGCGUGGCGCCGGGAGCCCCGCUGGUCGAGCAGGUGAUGGAGAUGAUCGAGGAGUCCAACAUGGAGGCGAUCCCGCUCACGCAGGUGGUCAGCAUCGAGGACGGCGACGACUCCAAGAUUGGCGCGGCCGCGUUCCGCAAGAGGAUUCGGACCUUGGCGCUGGCCUACGUGUACGCGAGGCUGAGGCAUCCGGGUCGGCCAGCCCUCAAGAGCGCCUCGGUGGAGCUCUUCAACGAGUACUUGGAGUACAUCUUGGGCGACCACGUUCGCGGGCUCACGGCCAAGGGCCUACAGGGCAACAUCGUCAGCAGGCCGAACUGGAACCAGGUCAUGCACUACGACCACCAGAUUCGCAAGGAGCACGCUCGGAUGAUGAACUUCGGCAAGACCUUCGAGCAGGCGUUGCGGGGCGCCUGGAAUGACACCUCGCUGCGGGAUCGCCACUUCAUCACGCAGAUCUUGCUGAGGAAGACCCCCGAUGGCCGCAACAUCUGCUUCGCGUGCACCAACGAGCAGGAGAACUGCCGGGGCGAUUGCGGCAUGGUCCACGUGUGCCGGAUCUGCCUGGGCAACCACCCGGUCUACCAGCACCGCCCUGGCGGCCGGGGUGGACAUGGCCCGCAGCCCGCCCUGGCUGAUGCGCCCGCUGCGGGCGGCGGUGGGCUUGGCGCGCCACCGCUCCGGGCUGGGCCGGGUCGACUAUCUGCGGCGUCGGGCGACGAGGGCCCGCCCGACGCAGCAGACGCGCCAGCGGGCCCUGGCGCUGUACCUCAUGAAGAUCGUUCUGUUCAAGUAGAGGCCGUGGCCUCGCCCCCUGCUGCAGGCGCGGCACCUUCGGGCGGCCCGCUCGUCCUUGCGGCCGCCGCGACCCUCCUCCCAGGGGGGCGCUGCGGCCCUCCCCCUGGGCCGAGAGGGGCGGUGCUGCGGACGCGGGGCGCUGCGGGUCAUGGCGACGACGCCGACUUCGGCAGCGGCGGCGCGGGGCCUGGCAGCCGCGUACCCGCGCGGACGCACCUGCGCGUCCUCUACCUCUUCUCGGGCCUCUCCCGACGGGCCAGCAUCAAGGAGUGCCUGGAGGAGAAGGUCGCAGCGACCCCGCUGGAGUUGGAGGUCGUCGAGGUGGAGGACGUCCGCGAGGGGGCGUACGGCGUGGUGAUUGUCACGCCUCCAUGCAGCACCUUCUUGAGGUCGCUGUUCGCGAACCGGCGGGGCCCGCCGCCGCUGCGGAACGCCAUGUGGCCGCUCGGUUUCCCAUGGCUGCAGGGCCCGUCGAAGGAGAGGGUGCAGGACGCCAACAUCCUCGGCUUGCUCGCGGCGCAGAUCCUGGAGGCCGUCAUCCAUGCCAGGUCGGUCGGGCACCGCGCGCGCGGCCUCAUGGAGUUCCCGGAGGACCUGGGCGCGCGCAGGGCCAUUGGUCGGGUCCGCGCGAUUGCGUGGGGGAGGCCAGCCAGCCUGUGGCAGCUCCCCCAGUUCCGCCGCAUCACGCGGCCGGACUCAGGCUUUGUGACGUUCGCGUUCCGCCAGCUCGAGUUCGGCGUGCUGUGCCCGAAGCCCGCGAGGUUCCUCACGGACCUCGGCGCGCUGGCGGCUGGACGCGCGCUGGGCUGGCCAGAUCUGGAUGGCGAGGGCUGGUGCCGCGGCCCGCUGAGCCCGCCCCCCAGCGGCUCGCGCCAGCUGGUGACGCCCGACGGGCGGCGCAAGCGGGAGCUGGCGGACACGGCCGCGUACCCAGUGGCCAUGUACAGGUGGAUCGCGACCGCCAUCAUCGAGGACUUCCUGACCCCCUUCGACCCCCUGCGGGAUGGGGUGAUGGUCGGCGGGGGCCCUCCACCCUCUCGGGCCACCAUCAGCCAGGUGGGCCAGCUGCUCCCUGGGGACGUCUACAUCGGCAGGGGCAGCUCGAGGGAGGGCCUCGAGAAGUCGCCCUGGCACAACCCUUGGGAGAUCUCGGGGGGCCUCUCGAGGGACGCGGUGGUGGACAACUACGCCGCCCUCCUGGCUUCGGCAGGCCCCCUCCGCGCGGGCCUCCGCGGCCUCGGCGGCAAGCGCCUGGUGUGCCACUGCUUGCCGAGCGAGAGGUGCCACGGCGAUGCCAUCAUCGCGGCGUGCGCGAAGCUUUCGGGGGGCGCGAACCUGCCGGACAUCGAUUCGGGCAACCCGGGAUCCCCGAGGAAGGCAGGCGACGGAUGGCUGGGCCGAGGGGGCCCGCUGCAGGCCCCGCUCAGGCGGGGGGCCCGCGGCAUGGAGGACGGCGCAGGCAGCUGCUCGCCGGGGCGGUGGCCCUUCGCCGCGAGGAGGCUCCCGGACUCCAGCGUCGCCUCGGACUUGCGGGCGGCUUUGGACGCGGCCUUGAAGGACUUGGAGGUCGAGGCGGCGACCGAGGAGCGACAGCGGAAGCGGAGCGCGCUUCCCCCGCUCCGAGCGUUCCUGCUCGAGAGGGCCGCGGGCAAGUUCGAGGGGGACAUCUUCUCGCCGGUGCUCGUGGCGAAGCUCAAGACCAGGUGGCGCAUGGCACUGAGUCGGGCUGGGCUGGGCCCUCGCCCGAGAGCGGGGGGCGCGAGGGCGCCCAUUGCUUUCGGGCUGCUCGACGCGCUCGGCAAGGCCUUCGGGGGCCCGGACUACCGCGUCGCGGUCUGGGCGGCAGUGGGCGUGCCACUCGGGGUCGACACCCCGCUCCCGAGGACCCCAGCCGUCUACGAGCGCAAGCUGAAGUGGGCGCUGCCGCGGCUGUCGGAGGACGAGUUCGCGGCAGGCGACCAAUGGGCUGAGAAUUACAGCUCGGUGAGGGAUCGCCCCGAGGUGAUCGACCGGUACCUGGACGAGGAGGUCGCCGAGGGACGGAUGCUGAAGAACACCUUGGGCGAGGCGAGGCGACGCUGGCCGGAUCGUGUGCGGGUGGCUGCUCUCGGCGCGGUCCAGAAGGCAGCGGGCCUGGACGAGUGGCGGGUGGUGUUCGACGCGACGCACCACGUGCUGGUCAACCAUCAGAUCAGGAUUCUCGACCAGGUCAAGCUACCGGUCUGGCAGGACAUCGUGGCCACCCUCGAGGCGGUGGAUGGCCUUGGCGAGCCGGUCCGCUUCGCCCUCCUCUACGACGUGGCCAGGGCGCACAGGCAGAUCCCGGUCCGGGAGGAGGACUGGGGCUGGCAGGCCUGCUGCGCGCCCUCGGCUGCUUCGGAGGGCGAGGGGAGCGAGGCCAUGACGGUGCACGUGAACACGGUGGGCACGGGGGUCGCCCACUACUUCGGCCUGCCGAUGCGCGCGGUGUUCCACCUUGUCUACGCGGACGACGGCCUCAUCAUCGCCACGGGCGCGGUCUUCGAGAGGAAGCUGCUCUUGGUACUGCUGAUCAUGGUGACGCUCGGGGUUCCCCUCGCCCCGGGAAAGCUGCGCGGUGGCGUGGAGAUCGACCGGGUCGGCUACCACAUCUUGAUCCGGGAGGUCGAGCUUGGCAUCUCGCAGCGCCGCCGUGACUGGGCGGUGCGGUGGUGUUCCGAGGUCGCGGACGCGCCGGUCAUGCUGGUGGCCACGGUCCGCGAGGGCUUGGGGAGGCUGAUGUUCGCGGCGGGCCCCCUGAUCCAUAUCGGGCCCUUCCUGGGCCCGAUCUUCGCCUGGUGUGCUUCGUGCCCGCGGGGGGCGCGCCUUCCUACCCCCUUGGCGGUUCGCGUCGCCUUGAAAUGGGCAGGAGAGUUGAUCGCGAAGUGCGGCAUGCGCUCGUUCAAGCCGUCGCUGGACGACCGGGGCGAGCUCUUCAGGAUUGACGCGAAGGCCGAGGGGGACCUGAUCGUCCUGGGGGGCUGGACCACGGGCGCAUCGCCCGACCCGGGCAGCGCAAAAUGGUUUUCACAGGAGCUGAAGCGGGACGAGGUCCCCUGGGCGUUCGAGAAGGGCGCCCCCUUCCGCGUCGUCGCGAGCCAGGAGCUCCUCGCCGUUGUGUGCGGCGUCGUCCUCUUCGUUGGCCCUUCGACCUUCGACCGUCGGCCGAGGCGGGAUGGGCAGGAGAUCGUUUUCGGCCGGCACUGA